AUGUCAGUUGUAAAUAGACUGAUAUGGAAACAUCAAACAUACAAACUUAUUCCUAAUAAAGCAUUUAAACGAUUUUGUACAGAUAAAUGUGUAGAUAUAAAAAAUGAAAUAAUAACACAUAGUUACAAAAAAACGGAAUAUGAACAAAAUAUUAAUAAAUAUAAACAAUGUAAAGAUUAUAUUGAUUUAAAACAAAAAAUUUAUUAUGAUUAUUUGUCAAAAGAAGCACCCAUACUUAAUAUUGGUAGGGAAAAACAAAUGAAUGAAUAUAUCAUAAAUAAUGAGAAUCACUAUAAAAAUUAUGAAAAUAGUAAAAACGAUAAAAAAAAUGUACAAGAAAAUUCUGUGAAUAAUUUAUAUGAAAAUAUUCGUAUGGGAUAUAUAGGAGAAUACAAAAAAUGGAGUAAAAUUAUUAAGAAAAAGAAAAAGGAGUUAGAGAAAAACAUUGAUAAAGAGCUUUUAAAUUUGAAUGAGCCAAAGCAAGGCAUAGAAGAAAAUACCAGUACCAAAUAUUGUAAUAGCAACAAUAAUAGCAAUAAUAAUAGUAGUAAUAGCAACAAUAGCAAUAAUAAUAGUAGUAAUAGCAACAAUAGCAAUAAUAAUAGUAGUAGCAAUAGCAAAAAUGCGAAUACGAACGAAAUAAAUGCGGUACAAAAUGAAAAAAGGGAAUAUAAACACAUGGGAUAUAUACAAAACAAUGUUGACGAAUUUAUAAAAUGUGAAAAUGAAGUAAAUAAUAAGAUAGAAGUGGGGAAAAAUGAUAUUCUGAAAAAAAAUUCAAUACCAAGCAGUUUGAGUGAGAUAUAUAUAGAUAACAGUAAAUAUUUCAAUAAUGAAAAUUAUAAAAUUCCAAAUAUAAUUAAAUUAAAUCAAUACUGUUCUUAUAAAGGUUUAUGUAGUUCGAGAUUUGCUUAUAAUAACUUAAAAAAAGGCAUUUUAAAAAUUAAUGACAAUAUUGUUUACGAAAAUGUAGAUGUUUCAAUAAAUAAAGAUCGUGUGGAGUUAACAAAAGUUGGUAAGAUUUUAUUAAAAGAUAGAAUAACAAUUAUUGUAAAUAAACCUAAACAUUAUUUAUCAAUUUCACCAGAUAAUAAAUUGAAUAAUAAAAAACUUCUUGUAAGAAAUUUAAUAAGGAAUGAAAAUAAAUAUAUUGAAGAAGAACACAAAUGUAUGAGUUAUUUUAUUUAUAAAAAUAUAAAUAUAGAAAAAGUAAAUAAUUUAUAUGUAUGUGGUCGAUUAGAUGCUAAUUCAAGCGGAUUACUAAUUUAUACACAAGAUUCUAUAGCUAGUAGCUAUUUGUUAAAUAAAUAUAAAUACCAAGUUGAAAAGGAAUAUAUUAUUACAACAUUUAAUGAAAUAAAUGAAUGUCAUUUAAAAAUGUUAAAAGAUAAUUUAUUUGUUGAUGGUAAAUUAAUAUAUAAAUGUCAUAUACAAUAUGUAGAUAGUUUUACUCUUAUAUUUAAACUAUAUCAAGGUUUUCAUAAAAUAAUUAGAAAAAUAUGUUUAUUGUCAAAUAUUAAAAUACGAUCAUUACACAGGAUACGUAUAGGGAAAAUACACCUCAACAAUUUACCUCUUGGAAAAUGGAGAUUUCUUAUGCCUAAUGAAUCUUUUUUUUAA